GUCGGACGCCAAUGCGCGCCAGAGUACUGCCAUUGAGAGCAGCAUGUAGCGUUCACCGGCCUCUGGGCGCUUCUGCUCGUGCUCCGCCCUCUGGCCUCAUCUACUACAGACGACCAUGGCGACUCCAAUCGCGCGGUGCCAAAACCAAGAGCACCAUCGUGGCCUCCUCUCUCUACCAGGGCGCCCUGCCAGCUCUACCGCCGGAUGAAAGCGACUCAGUCCCAGCAAAGACAUAUCCAACAGUGCUCCAGCAGCAUCUCAACAAUGUUCGAACAUUCAAGGACUGCGUGGUGCUCACUCGGGUGGGGGACUUCUACGAGAUGUACUUUGAUCAGGUCGAGGAAUUUGCUCCCCAGGUGAAUCUGAAGAUAGCAAAACGGGCGACCACGCUGGGCGAUGUCUCCAUGGCUGGCUUUCAGCAUACCCAGCUGGAGCGCUAUCUGAAGAUGUUUGUGCAGGAUCUAGGCAAGCAGGUUGCAAUCUCGGAGCAAGUGCGGAUUCCGGAGUCUGAACGCUCUCGCAAGGGUGGCAGUAUGCUAUUCGAUCGACGAGUGACGAGGGUGGUUACGGCGGGCACGCUCAUCGACGAAAGCUUCAUGAAUCCUUUUGAGAACAACUACUUACUCGCGGUGCAUUUCGUGGGCGCGCUACCUGCGUCCUCUGCGGCCACUGACGAUCGAGCUGCCUAUGAGAGGUAUAGACGGAGCACGAAGAUUGGUCUGAGCUGGGUGGAUUUAUCUAGUGGAGACUUCUUCACACAGGCCUCUGAUUUGGCCAGUCUUCCAUCUCUUGCUGCACGCAUAGGACCCAAAGAAGUGGUGGUCGAUACGAGUCUAGAAGGGACCGACCAAUCUCAAUUACAACGACUCAUCAGUGAUGCCCCUCUUCCAAUACACUUCCAUCAUGUCCACCAGCCUGCCACCACAAUUAAUGACUGGGAAUCCAUGUUGGAGCGACCAGUUCCGGCCAGUGAACAGGGUAACUUCACCGCUUUCGAAAUAUCCGCAGGUACUUUGCUGUUGGACUAUGUUCAGGACAAACUUCGUGAUGCGAAGAUUCAGUUGCAACCGCCAGUUCGAAGGACGGACGACGAGUACAUGUCAAUCGAUAAGCAAAGCCUACGAAACUUGGAAAUACGUUCAACACUACGAGACGGCGCGUUCCAGGGAAGCCUGCUGCAUGCCAUACGACACACCGUCACCACGAGUGGCGCACGGCUUCUCAGUCAGCGCAUAGUGUCGCCUUCAAUGUCGCUAUCCAUCAUCAAUGAUCGAUUGGAUCUUGUGCAGGAAAUGCACGAUCAGGAUGCGCUGCGAGAAGACAUUAUGGCCCUGCUGCGCCGCACACACGAUACAUACAGACUGAUGCAAAAGUUCUCAGUCGGCAAAGGUGAUGCAGAUGACCUACUUGGGCUUGCACGAACUGUCGAUGUCAUGCAACAGCUGUCCACCAUACUGCACCAGCAUAUUCUUGACAACCAAGACCGACUUUUAGAGGCAGGCAGCCAACAUGUCUCUGCUGACUUCACAUUUCUUUGGGACAUAUUAGGUCGGCUCGAUUUGGACAGGCCUGGCAAAGCAGCAAAGAACAUACAGAACGCUAUCGAUGAAGAUGGACUGAACAGACAGCAUAUAGUCGAUGAGGCUACUGGCACCCAAGCAGAGCAGAUGGCCGAGGAUGUCAUUUCUGCAGAUGCCACUGGUGUCAAAGGUCCCAGUCUAGCCCGGAGAAGCUUAAGAGGGCCCGUGGACGACAAGGCUGUCGACACGAAGCCGGACGAAAUCUGGAUCAUGCGCCGCAAUGCCUCGCCCACUCUCGAGCGCGCCCAUGGAGACCUCGACCAGCUCAUGGAAGCAAAAUCGGAACUUGCACAUAAACUUCGAAAGGAGCUUCGAUCGGAAAGUCUGACGCUCAAAUGGAGUGCACAACUUGGUCACUUCUGUCACAUUAAAGGUCGAGAUGCGCAAGGGACGCUGGCGGCUCUUGCGGGUGCGAGGAUCAUUGGCUCUACCAAAAGUACCAAGUCCUUUUAUCUGGCCGACUGGACACACCUUGGUGUCCGCAUUGACGACUCCAAGCUCCGGAUACGCACCGAGGAGGAACGAGUGUUUGGAAAACUGCGAGCAGAAGUGCUGGAGAACUUGAUGAAGCUCCGUCGCAAUGCCGCCGUACUCGACGAGCUGGACGUAGCAUGUUCUUCUGCCAUGCUCGCGAAGAAUCGAAACCUCGUCCGACCCAUUCUCACAAACGGCACAUCCCACAAGAUUAUUGGUGGCCGUCAUCCGACCGUGGACGUGGGCUUGAAAGAGCAAGGCAGAUCCUUCACCACGAACGACUGCUCAGUCGGUGAGCGGGAAAAGAUUUAUCUCAUCACGGGACCGAACAUGGCAGGCAAGAGCACCUACUUGCGUCAGAACGCGCUGAUCACAAUCCUCGCACAGACGGGCUGUUUUGUGCCCGCUGAAUAUGCGGAGAUUGGCCUCGUGGACAAGAUCUUCAGUCGCGUCGGCUCUGCUGACAAUCUCUAUCAGGACCAGUCGACGUUCAUGGUAGAGAUGCUAGAGGCAGCAGAAAUUCUCAAACAAGCCACCUCCCGCUCCUUUGUCAUCAUGGACGAAGUGGGACGAGGUACGACGCCCGAAGAUGGAGUAGCAGUCGGCUAUGCCUGUUUGCACCAUUUGCACCACGUCAACCAGUCGCGAGCAUUAUUCGCCACACACUUUCACGCACUGGCAGAUAUGACGCUGGAUUUUGAGAAUCUGGCUUGCUACUGUACCAGUGUGGUGGAAGAAGAGGAUGGUACCUGGACAUAUGCUCACAAGCUGAGAAAGGGCGUCAACAGGGCGUCUCAUGCUCUCAAGGUCGCCAGACUUGCCGGUAUGCCGGAACGUGCAAUCGAGGUUGCGGGAGAAGUCCUAGUCACGUUGCAGCAGACUCGUAGAGGUCGAGACGAUGACAAUUCUCAUUUAAACCCUGUAUUCCCCAACAAAAAAGUAUAUGCCUGAACGUACCGAGUAUAUACAUGUAAUACCAGAAGACAACAUGUACAACAAACACACUAUAUAUACACCACUCACACC